AUGGGAUGUAAUACUUCUAAAAACAUAAGCACAAAAGAUGUGAAAAUUAUCAUUUCAAAAGAUAAUGUGGUCAAUACAAUUUCAACAACAAUAAUUGAUGAUGAGAAAUUCCCGUUUCCAAAAAAAGACUACGGAGGGGACAGAUUGGCUUUACAACAUCAUAUAUUUAAAUACAUAUGGCAAAGUAACUUUUCGGCACCAGUUAACGAAAAAUUAGAAACUGGAGCAAAGUAUCCAAACUCAUCAUUUUUUGGAGUCGAAAGACCCACUUCAGUACUUCGUAACCUCACUCCACCGGUACCAUCAAGCGUUUCACUUCAAUACUGUGACAUUUUAUCCAGACUUCCAUUCGAGGAUGAAACAUUUGAUUUUAUAUAUGUGCGAUUUAUGGCUUCUGAAAUACCUGAUAAUAAAUUUAAUGAUAUAAUAAAUGAAUUGACAAGAAUUUUAAAAAUUGAUGGAUAUUUGGAAAUUAUGGAUGUAGAUGUUCGAGGUGGUAACGAAGGAAUAGAAACACAAGAAUUUAUGUCUUCAGGAAAAAAUCCUCUCAUAACAGAAAGUCUAGAACCUUUACUCCAUUCCAAUUCUCAACUAACCUCUAUAACUACUGAGAAUCAAGUUUACCCGAUUGGUAAUUGGGAUAAUCCUAUUGGUGAAAUGACUUUAAAAAACUUGUUAAUGGUUUUGAAACAGAUUAAAAUUUAUUUGGCACCUUACAUUAAGGUUAAUGAAGAUGAGUAUGAUAGAAAGCUUUUAAACAUUAAAGAGGAGGUCAAUUUCUUUCAAACCUAUUGGAAUAGCAUGAGGGUAUAUGGGAAAAAAUUGGCAUAA